AGGUGAUAACUAACAUCCGCCCCGAACUGUCUCCGCUCCCCGGCAUCUGCGGAAAAUCCGAUGUGGUUUUUCUCUCUUGUCUAAAAUGGAGAGUUUGCACGCAGGAGAUCCGCGGUAUCCGAAAAGGAGAGUGAAGGGCUGUACUCUGGAUGUCCACCCGACUGAGAAAGCCCUUGUCGUUCAGUACGAGGUGGAGGCAACUAUCCUGGGAGAGCUGGGGGAUCCUGUGGUUGGAGAACGCAAAGAGUGUCAGAAAAUUAUUCGCCUGAAAAGCUUGAACGCCAACACAGACACGUCCUCUCUGGCUCGGAAGGUGGUGGAGGAAUGUCGGCUGAUUCACCCAUCUAAACUCCGAGAGGUGGAGCAGCUGCUCUUCUAUCUGCAAAACCGCAAACACUCAAAUGAUAUCCAAGAGAAGAAACGCAUCUCACCUCGAGACUUCACACCUUACGCUGGAGUGGAGCUGGACGAGGAGGCGAGCAUCAACAGCAUCGACGAGUAUGUGGAGCUGCUGUAUGAGGGCAUCCAGGAGAAGAUCAGAGGAGCCACACUCAUCUUCCAGCUGGCCCAUAACCCAGACAACCUGGAGGAACUCAUACAAAACGAGACGGCCCUCGGAGCCCUGGCGCGAGUCCUGAGGGAGGACUGGAAGCAGAGUGUGGACCUGGCAACAACCAUCAUCUACAUCUUCUUCUGCUUUUCCGGUUUCUCCCAGUUCCACGGCCUGGUCACACAUUUCAAGAUUGGGGCCCUGUGUAUGAACAUCAUCGAGCAUGAGCUGAAGAGGUGUGACCUCUGGCAAGAGGAGCUGCAGAAGAAGAGGAAGGCCUAUGAAGAAUUCUCUGACAACCAGAAUCUGAAGAAAGAACAUGAGAAGUCUUUAAGAAAGUACCAGAGCCUUCUGUUCAAGCAGGAGCAGCUUCUCAGAGUUGCUCUGUGUCUGCUACUGAACCUGGCUGAAGACACCCGCACAGAGCUGAAGAUGAGGAACAAAAACAUCGUCCACAUGCUGGUGAAGAUCCUGGACCGGGAGGACGAGGAGCUGCUGCUGGUGGUGGUCUCCUUCCUCAAGAAGCUCUCCAUCUUCCUGGAGAACAAGAAUGACAUGGCAGAGACCUUCGCUGUUGAGAAGUUGGCCCGGCUGGUUUCCUGCGAGCACGAGGAGCUCCUGAGCACCACCUUACGCCUCCUGCUCAACCUCUCCUUCGACACGUCGCUGCGCAGCCAGAUGGUCCAGGCCAGACUCAUUCCCAAACUCUCCUCACUUCUCGCUGAUGAGGGCCAGAGACAGCUCAGCAUGUGCAUUCUGUACCACAUCAGCAUGGACGACAGAUUCAAGUCCAUGUUUGCAGACACAGACUGCAUAACGCAGCUGAUGAAGAUGGUGUUUGACUGUGGGGAGGAGAAGAUGGAUGUCGAGCUCAUCUCACUCUGCAUCAACCUGGCUGCUAACAAGAGCAAUGCUAAGGUCAUCUGUGAAGGUAACGGUCUGAAGAUGCUGAUGAAGCGUGCUGUGAAACUGAAAGAUGUUCUGGUGAUGAAGAUGAUCAGGAACCUUUCUCAGCACAAUGGACCCACUAAGAGCCUCUUCCUGGAUUAUGUGGGAGACCUGGCAGGUCAGAUCAGUGAGGACGAGGCUGAGGAGUUUGUAAUAGAGUGUCUGGGCACGCUGGCCAAUCUGACCAUCCCUGACCUGGACUGGGCGCUGGUGCUCAAGGAGUACAACCUGGUGCCCUACCUAAAAGACAGACUCAAACCAGGUUCUGCUGAGGAUGACCUCAUUCUGGAGGUGGUGAUCAUGAUCGGCACUGUGUCCAUGGAUGACUCGUGUGCAGCCCUGCUGGCCAAGUCUGGCAUCAUUCCUGCUCUCAUUGAGCUGCUCAACGCCGAACAGGAGGACGAUGAGUUUGUGUGUCAGAUUGUCUACGUCUUCUACCAGAUGGUUUUCCACAAAGCCACGAGAGACGUCAUCAUCAAAGACACACAGGCCCCCGCUUACCUCAUCGACCUCAUGCACGAUAACAACGCAGAGAUCCGCAAAGUCUGCGACAACACGCUGGACAUCAUCGCUGAAUAUGACGAGGAGUGGGGCAAGAAGAUCCAGAGUGAGAAGUUCCGAUGGUACAACGGUCAGUGGUUGGAGAUGGUGGAGAACCGUCAGAUGGACGAGGCAGGAGAACCCUUCCUGUACGGGGAGGAUGGAGAAUCCUUCAUAGGGAAUGGAGACAUCCUGGAGAGACCUGACCUGUUCUACAGUGCAGAUGGGCUCAUCGGAGCAGACGGUGCCAUCAGUCCUGAGUUCUACACCGACUUGCAGAACGGAGAGCUGGGACAGACUGGAUACCUGAGCAGCGUGUCGGACCAGUUUGUCCCAGCAGAUCGACCCGUCAGCGCCUACGGCUUCCGUCCAGAUGACCAGUUCUUCUACAACUACACCACUGCCUCCCGGUAAACCUGGAACCUCUUACACACCGUCUCACACAUAAAUACUGUACAGUCACUGCUCAGACUGCAGCCGCGUCGCUGAUAUCCUCUGUGUGCUACUAAAGCUUGGUCGAGAUUGUGAAGGAAUAUUAUCAGCACCUGCUUAUUUUCUUUGUGCAUUUCUCUCUGUGGUCUACAAGUCCUCCCUGUUAAGAAUUGUCAUUGUAACCAUCAGUUAGUCCUGUUACUGCGUCAAACAGUUUUCCAGAAUCAAGUGUCAAGGUCUUUAUGUUAAAGCACCAAAAAGUAAAGUGUCUUAUUUGAACGUAUUGACACUCAUUCAGGUUUUUUUUAAACAAUUCUUUUCUUGCUUGAAAUAUACAAACUCGUCAAGACUCAAAAUGAAAGUACAUCUUAUGAAUAUAGACGUAUACGUAGUCCUGCAAACUUCAAACCUUUCAAACCUACAUACUGAGGUCAGUCUUAGAUUUUAUUAUUUGUGAAUAAUAUUUUAAUGUCGACUUUUCUGUGUAACAAGCUUAAUUGUUUUCCGUUUCAUGGUGCAGCUGUUGGUUUAACACUGAACUACACUCAGAUGUUUCUGAUUUUGAUUUUACACAACCGAAUGUUUCUUUUUCACCACAGUCUGCCUAAUGUGAUGACUCACAAACAUUAUUUGUGUGUUCAUGUGUGUUUUGAAAGAUAAGUCUGGUGUUGUUCUCUGUUUUUCUGAUUGUCAGCAAAUCUCAUGUGCAGAGCGAAACCAACAAUGUGCAACAAACACACUGUCGGUACUUUCUGCCUUCUUUACUCCGUCUGUGGCUGAAGUGGUUGUUGGUUUCCAACUCUGUGUUUGUGACCUCUCAUCACAGGUCAUUGUCUGCAAUCAAAAAGCUAUUUUGACUUCUCAGACUGUUUGAUUUUUAAGACCUUUUAGAGGUCUGGACAGAUAAAAGUAUCUAGUGUUUCAAAAGAAAAGAGCAAAAAUGAGACUAAAAGACUUCAAAUCAUCCUUUGACCUGUCAGAUUCAUCAUGGGAACCCUUGGGCGCUCUCUAGCCUCAGACUGGAAACUACCGAGUUAUUCAUUAGACAUGUUAGUGGCAUAAGAAAAUUAUACAUUAGGAUAUUUUGGUUACGUUUUAUUUUACAAGUCAGUGUUUCCUCAAUUAUUUCUUAGUACCUUUGCUGAAAAUAAAUAAGUAAUAACUGUAAUUUGGCACCUAUUAUUAUAGGGAAAAGGCUUCAGACACAGUGUUCAACUGCUGCACUUUCAGUUGAAUUAAUACCUAUUAAUUGCUGAUAUAACCUGAAGACUCUUUGAGUCAGUGCACGGCAGGUCAACUGAAUUUGCAAAUAUAAAUGUGUCUACAGGAAGGCAAACAAUUCAACAUACGUGAGGAAAAGUUUCCUAUAAUAAUUUUUUUUUUGUGUUUCAAUUAAGCUUUUUUUAAAAUCUGGAAAUCAGGAACUUCUUAUUAACUCAAACAAACAAACAGUCUCAAAACUUUGUCUCGAGUUUCCGUAGGGUUGGUACCAGAUUACAUAGCUUUUUUCAGGAAAUCUAUCAGAAAAUAAUUAGAAAAUUAUGGACCAUAUUUUCUUGUUUUGCCUUUGCUCACUCACUCACUGUCUCUCACUGAAAACACUACAGUAGCCUGUAUAAGGUCCAAGCUCUGGAUUACGAUGUCCUUUCUGUAUUUAUGUGAAUGUGAUGUAAAUCAUUUCUUGAAAAAUUAUUUUUAAACAUGAACAAAUGUUAAAGAAUCUGCUGAAUUCUUUUUUUUUUUUUGUCGUCCUUGAUGUGCCUGGAGCGCUGCUGUCCUGCUGAAAUAUGAAACACACUUACUCUGUGGUGCAAUAUAUCACGUUAAAGGAAGGAAUAUUAAUGUAGUCAAAUCUCAUUUAGUAUUUAAUCUGUCACAGAUGUAGGAUUACUUGCAGGUUUUCCAUAUUUCUCAGUACAGUGUGAUUGCUUAAAACUUGUUGUGGACCAUACUGUAAUUAAAUAAU